UCUCUACCACUAUUGCCGCCUCCAUCUCUUCCACCUUUGCCGCCUUUGCCGCCUUCAUCUCUACCAUCUUUGCCGCCUACAUCUCUACCACCUUUGCCGCCUCCAUCUCAAUCACCAUUGCCGCCUCCAUCUCUUCCACCUUUGCCGCCUCCAUCUCUUCCAGCUUUUGCC